UCCAGUCCUUUUAAGUGAACUGAAUCAGUUCACUCAAAAGAUUCGUUCAAACGAAUCGUUCAACGAAUCAACACUAAAACAGAAGCGGGUCGCCAGUCUUUCAUUCGGCUGCAUCAGAUAAACACGCAACUUAUGUAGCGAAUCAGUAACAUUAGCUACACGAAAACACUAACGACGAAAGAGCCGUGUGUCACUGAGGUUUUCCUUCUCUGAGCCAGCCAUCUUCCACCAAGUGUUUUUUGGAGACCAGCGGAGCAACGAAGACAAUUCACCACACAUGUGCGAAAAUGUCUGCAAGGACCACAGCAAAGUACGUGGAGGAAAAGGACCGUACUUGUCGACGACAGGAACAUCUUUGCUUGCAGCCGAAUGUUGUGUUGUGCAGGGCAGACAUCAGUGAAGCUAUUCGUCCUAAGCAGCAGGAGCCAGAGCGCACGUGCAUUAAAGAGGAAGAUGUGCGCAAAGAGGUCCACCACAUGAAUGAACAAAUGGUGCAGAAGUUUCUUUGCACCGUAGAAGAGGAGGAAGAGCCAGAGCGGGCUUGUAUUAAAGAGGAGGAUGUGGGCAAAGAGGUCCACCACUUGAAUGAACAAAUGGUGCCCACGUUUCUUUGCACCAUAGAGGAAGAGCUGGAGCGGCCUUGUAUUAAAGAGGAGGGAGAAGACUCCUAUGACAUUAAAGAGGAGGAGGAUACCUUCAAUAUGCCAUCAACCAGAGUUCCUGUGAAGAGUUUAGAUGAGGGUCAACAGGAGGUAAGCAAAAGGGCGGAGCCGCCAAGCUGCAGCUCAACUCAACAAAUGACCAGAGAAGGUGAUGGAGACCACUGUGGAGGAUCACAAGCAGCUCAGCCAUUAGAUAGUGAAGAUGUGACGAAAAACUUUUCCUGCUCAGAUUCUGGCCGAAAAUUUACUCAGAGGGGACAUUUAAAAAGUCACACAAGAACCCACACUGGUGAGAAACCCUUUUCAUGCUCAGUUUGUGGGCAAAAAUUCUCUGAGGGGGGAAAUUUAAAAAAACACACAAGAAUCCACACUGGCGAGAAACCUUUUUCAUGCUCAGUUUGUGGGCAAAAAUUUGCUCGGAGGGAACAUUUAAAAGGUCACACAAGAACCCACACUGGCGAGAAACCUUUUUCAUGCUCAGUUUGUGGCCAAAAAUUCUCAGAGGGGGGCACUUUAAAAAAGCACACAAGAAUCCACACUGGCGAGAAACCUUUUUCAUGCUCAGUUUGUGGCCAAACAUUCAGUAGGAGGCAAAGCUUACAAAGACACACCCAAACCCACACUGGCGAGAAACCUUUUUCAUGCUCAGUUUGUGGCCAAAAAUUUGCUCAGAGGGACCGUUUAAGAAGUCACACAAGAACCCACACUGGUGAGAAACCCUUUUCAUGCUCAGUUUGUGGGAAAAGAUUUGCUCGAAGUGAAAGUUUAAAAACGCACACGAGAACCCACACUGGUGAGAAACCUUUUUCAUGCUCAGUUUGUGGCCAAAUAUUUUCAUUGAAGGGAGCUCUAACAAUUCACACAAGAACCCACACUGAUUCUCUGAGGGAACAUAUUUAA